GUCGCAGCGCCUCCCGCUCAUUGGCCUCCGGCAGCGACGGCGGGUCCCGCCUCCCGCUUCUUAUAGGCGAGCCCGGCCGCCCGUCUCGAACGGGAGGUCCUGAGUGGGCGAAGCAGCGGUCCCUGGAAACAGUUCCGGGAAACCCCGCGUGUUGCCGGGGUCGCGCCGCCGUCCAUGAGGAGAAGGAGGAGCGCGCGCCAUUUGCCGUCGCUGCUUGGGCCCGAGCUGCGCCGCGCAGGCCCCGCUCUGCAUAAUAAAAUGGCUAAUCAGGUGAAUGGUAAUGCGGUACAGUUAAAAGAAGAGGAAGAACCAAUGGAUACUUCCAGUGUAACUCACACAGAACACUACAAGACACUGAUAGAGGCAGGCCUCCCACAGAAGGUGGCAGAGAGACUUGAUGAAAUAUUUCAGACAGGGUUGGUAGCUUAUGUCGAUCUUGAUGAAAGAGCAAUUGAUGCUCUUAGGGAAUUUAAUGAAGAAGGAGCCCUCUCUGUAUUACAGCAGUUUAAAGAAAGUGACCUGUCGCAUGUACAGAACAAAAGUGCAUUUUUAUGUGGAGUUAUGAAGACCUACAGGCAAAGAGAGAAACAAGGCAGCAAAGUACAGGAAUCAACAAAGGGACCAGAUGAAGCAAAGAUCAAGGCUUUGCUAGAGAGGACUGGUUACACUUUGGAUGUAACUACAGGACAGAGGAAGUAUGGGGGCCCUCCUCCAGAUACUGUAUAUUCUGGUGUUCAGCCUGGUAUUGGAACAGAGGUUUUUGUUGGUAAGAUUCCCCGAGACUUGUAUGAAGAUGAAUUGGUACCACUCUUUGAGAAAGCCGGUCCAAUUUGGGAUCUGCGCCUCAUGAUGGAUCCUCUUUCUGGUCAAAACAGAGGUUAUGCUUUUAUUACCUUUUGUAGCAAAGAUGCAGCUCAGGAAGCAGUCAAACUGUGUGACAACUAUGAAAUCCGUCCUGGGAAGCACCUUGGAGUAUGCAUCUCUGUGGCAAACAACAGAUUAUUUGUUGGGUCAAUUCCAAAGAACAAGACUAAGGAAAACAUAUUGGAAGAGUUUAGUAAAGUCACAGAGGGUUUGGUGGAUGUAAUCUUGUAUCACCAACCUGAUGAUAAAAAGAAGAAUCGAGGAUUCUGCUUCUUGGAAUAUGAAGAUCACAAGUCAGCAGCACAAGCUCGACGUCGCCUGAUGAGUGGGAAAGUAAAAGUCUGGGGAAAUGUUGUGACAGUAGAGUGGGCUGAUCCAGUAGAGGAACCUGAUCCAGAAGUCAUGGCAAAGGUGAAAGUUUUGUUUGUAAGAAACUUGGCCACUACUGUGACGGAAGAAAUUCUUGAGAAAUCGUUUUCUGAAUUUGGGAAGCUGGAAAGAGUAAAGAAAUUAAAGGACUAUGCUUUUGUUCAUUUUGAGGACAGAGGUGCAGCAGUGAAGGCUAUGAAUGAAAUGAAUGGAAAAGAAAUAGAAGGGGAAGAAAUUGAAAUAGUGUUAGCAAAGCCACCGGAUAAGAAAAGGAAAGAACGUCAGGCUGCCAGGCAGGCCUCCAGAAGUACUGCGUAUGAAGACUAUUAUUACUACCCUCCACCUCGCAUGCCACCUCCUAUUAGAGGCAGAGGCCGUGGAGGGAGAGGUGGAUAUGGCUAUCCCCCAGAUUACUAUGGCUAUGAAGAUUAUUAUGAUGAUUAUUAUGGUUAUGACUAUCAUGACUACCGUGGUGGCUAUGAAGAUCCCUAUUACGGCUAUGAUGAUGGCUAUGCUAUAAGAGGAAGAGGAGGAGGAGGAAGGGGUGGGAGAGGUGCCCCUCCACCACCUAGGGGGCGGGGAGCACCACCACCAAGAGGUAGAGCUGGCUAUUCACAGAGGGGGGCACCCAUGGGACCACCAAGAGGAGCCAGGGGUGGGAGAGGGGGUCCUGCACAGCAGCAGAGAGGACGUGGUGCUCGUGGAGCCAGGGGCAACCGUGGGGGCAACGUAGGAGGCAAGAGAAAGGCAGAUGGGUACAACCAGCCUGAUUCCAAGCGCCGUCAGACCAACAACCAGCAGAACUGGGGCUCCCAACCCAUCGCUCAACAGCCGCUCCAGCAAGGUGGUGACUAUGCCGGUAACUAUGGUUACAAUAAUGACAACCAGGAAUUUUAUCAGGAUACUUAUGGGCAGCAGUGGAAGUAGACAAGUGAGGAGGGAUUGAGAAUUUUGGAAACAUAGAAUUGGCUAUAGCUCUACAUCCUUCAAAACAAAAUUGGCUUAAUGUUUCAUCCUUCAGUAGCAAUUGGCUGCCAUUUGUAUUGGGCUGAAGAAUCACUCUUGUGUAUAUACUCGAGUCUCUUAGUUUUCUUUUUUCAUAAAUGCACUUGGACAUUACUGGGCUUGCAGAAUUUCUGAACUCCAUAAGGGGUUUCAAUGCUUUUACCAUUUUAGGCUUCAUUUUAGCAGUUUAAAAGCAGGAAUGGCACACUGUUCAAUCAUGAUUUUGCAGAACUUCUGGUUUUGAACAGUUUUUUUUGGAUUUGGGAUAGACUACAUAGGAGUAUGCUGUACAUAAAAGUAAAAGCUAGUGCUUUGUCUUAGUAGUUUUAAGAAAUUACAACAAAUUAAGUUUUCUUGUAUUGAAAAUAACAUGAUUGUAUGUUUUGCAUUCCUAGAAGUAGGUUAACUGUGUUUUUAAAUUGUUAUAACUUCACACCUUUUUGAAAAUCUGCCCUACAAAAUUUGUUUGGCUUAAAACGUCAAAGCCGUGGCAAUUUGUUCCUUGAUGUGAUUGUAUUUCCAAUUUCUUGUUCAUGUAAGAUUUCAAUAAAACUCAAAAAUCUAUUCAAAACA